UUCUGCUCUCUCGCCAGGAGGUUACACGGGUACUGUGCACGCGUCCCCGUUCCUGUCAUCGGGGGGAUACCACGGCCACUCCGGCCACCUUUCAAGCAUGCUGGGCUCCUCUUCCAACCUCUUCGGCGGAGGCCUCCACCAAACGUCUUUUUCUACGGGGGGCCUGCACGGCAGCGGACUCUUUGGCGGCUACUCAGGCUUCCACUCUCCUCUGGGCCACCACACGUCUUUCAGCUCCGGAGGUCUGCACGGUGGAUACCUAGGCGGCAUGAACGGCUUCCACGCCCCGAUGACGGCCACGGGUCACCUGCUACUGGGAGGCGGCGGCUUCGGCGGCUUGGGGCACCACAUAUCGGGCUAUUCAACCGGGAACUUUCACGGUGGAGCAUACGGAGACUUGAUGCAAGGCCCUCUGUCAGGUGGUCUCUCUUCGCUGACUCAUCAUGUCUCCUACUCAAGCGGAAACCUGCACCAAGCUGCCGCGGAACACCAGCACCUAUCCAACGCUGCGCAGGUUCAUACCCAGUUAGCAUCGCAAGCCCUGGCCGAGGCGGACGCGGCCCAUAAUGCUCAGCUUCAGGCAUCCCUUUACCACAAGCAACUUUUACACAAGGCGAUGUCACACCAGACCUACGCCCAAAGAGCCCAGGAAGCGGCCAACACGGCGCACCAGCGACUACUCCACGAGUCGGCUGCCCACGCUGCAAUAUCUUCUGUGUACCACAGCGGUCAUGGUCUGAACGGCAUGUAUGGUGGAGGGCUGCAUCCUGGGUUUUUCGGUGGCGGUUUGCAAUCCCACUCGUACGCCACCGGAGGCCCUUCGUUUCACACGAACUACAUCCAAUCUUCUUAUCCGUGGCAGCAAGGCGGUCAUGGUCUCUCGAUGCUGCAUGAAGGUGGCUUCGGCUACGGCACAGGACUUGGCGGAGUCGCGGUUCAAUAUCCGGAAACGCAUCUGCAGAGCGUGAUAAGGAAGCUUAAACACUGCACGUCGAUCCACUACUUGGACAACCUUCAUGGUGGGCAGGGCUUGUACGGAAGUUCGUUUGGCCUAAAUUCCGGCCUUGGGUUAGGCGGAGGGUACGGCGGGUUUGGAUAUGGAGGCCUAGAACAUGAUCACUUAGCAUUUGGCUCUGGCACGUUCCCAUCGCACAUUGGCGGGCCGCUGCUAUCAGGUGGCCUGCACCAUGGCCACCUAGGAUACGGAUCAGGGUUAGUACAUCACGGCUUGGGGUACGGAGGGGGACUUCUGAAUCACGACCAUCUUCUUUAUGGUUCCGGCGGUCUCUAUGGUUCGGGGGGAUUAAUGCACAAUGGCUUCGGGUACGGAGGCGCUGCUCUGCAUAAUGGCGGAUUUGGGUACGGAGGCGCUGCUCUGCAUCAUGGCGGAUUUGGGUACGGAGGCGCGUUGUCUCAUGGUGGCCUUGGGUACGGAGGUUCCUUAUCUCACGGUAACUUCGGGUACGGAAACGGUCUGUCGUCUCAUGGCGCGUUUUCAUACGGUUCAGGAUUGCUGGGUUCUCAUCAUCCCUUCCAUGGGUCUCCCCUGAGUUCGUCGCUUUCAGGCUACCAUUAUGCUACAGGUGGAGGCUUUCCUAUGGCGGGCGGCUUCCAGCAUCAUCUUCGUCGGUAG